UGAGAAUGGAAAUGGAUUAGUUUUUUUUAUUACCCACUUGUUUCUUUGGGUUUUGUUUGUUUUUUUGGUUUCAUGAUUGAGUUUUCUUUUUUUAAAUUUGGGACUUUCCACAAGUACAAGAAACAGACAAAGUUUUCCAUUGAAAAGGUGAAUCUGAUAAUAGGAGGAGUGUGAAUGAUAGCUUAAAUUAUACAGACAAGUGCACAUGCCUUCCAUUAUUCUUUUCUUCAUACUUUCUCAUAUUCAUUUUAUUCGAGGCUUCUUUUGUCUUUAUCUUGGAUUUCUUCUUCUUUGGGUCCUUUCAGUGUGUGAUCCAAUGGAAAUGAACAAAUGAGGGUCUGCCCAUGCCAGCUGCCACUCUUGAUGUGUUAGCUUUGUGGUGAAUUCAAGUUUGUUUCUUGGUUUUUCUUUGAGAAUUUAAUGGGUGAAUCCAUAACAGUUGAGGCUUCAAGUGAAGAAGUUAAGAUAUGAGUUGUCAUUCUGUUUGUAGCUUGAGAAUAUGAUUACAACUUUUGUUGGUUUUAAAUGUGAUGUAAAUAGAUCAAGGGAAUGGUUUCUUCAAAUCCAGAGCUUGAAGUGUCAGUCUCGUUUGGUAGAUUUGAGAAUGAUUCACUUUCAUGGGAGAAAUGGUCAACUUUCUCCCCAAACAAGUACUUGGAAGAGGUUGAGAAGUGUGCAACUCCUGGAUCAGUUGCUCAGAAAAAGGCUUUCUUUGAAGAACAUUACAAGAAGAUUGCUGCUAGAAAAGCUGAGCUACUGGCUCAAGACAAGCCUAUGGAAACUUCAUCCCACUAUCACAAUGCUGGAGAUCUGGUUCAUCAAUGCUCUGAUGAAGGGUAUAAGCAAGAAACUAACUUGGUGAAUGAGGAGGAGCCUCAAAUUGCAACACCAUGUCAAAAUUCAUGGGUUGAGGAAUUGAAACAGAAAAUAGAUAGCACAGUACAAAGUGAAGAGAAACAGGAAAUAAUGGGUAGCAUAGUGGAAAGUCCUGGGUUAAACAAACCAGAAGAAACUGCUGCAGAAGAAGAAAUGGAAACUCUUUCAAAGGGGUCUCAAGAUGUGAAGGAGUUAUCACAGAGAUCAGAGAAUGUCAUAGAAAACACUCCAAAGAUCAAAGAUAAAAACUUAAAAUUGGGUCAAUCUGCAAAAUCUCAUAAGAUCACGGCGGUGAAUAAGGAGAGGAAUGAUUCGAGGAUAAAGAAGAAACCUGCCUCCCCUGUGACUAAAACACCACAAGUUUCUACAUCUAGAACAUCAAAUCAAACACUAACACCUACUACAUCAUCUGCUUCGAGAACACGUUCAAAAACUGGAACUACAUUAUCUUAUUCUUCACCCAAGACCAAGAAUCCAUCUGUGGAGCAAAGCAAGAAAUUGGCUCCUAGAUCCUUGCACAUGUCCAUUAGUUUAGGUCCCUCGAGUUCUGGCCCAUCUCCCCUUACUGCAACAAGGAAAUCUUUAAUUAUGGAGAAAAUGGGAGAUAAGGACAUCGUCAAGCGAGCAUUUAAAACAUUUCAGAGUAAUUACAAUCAAUUGAAACCUUCCAGUCAGGAACAAUCUCCAGCAGCAAAGCCGGUGCCUACAAAGGGGAGAGAAUCAAGGCUUUCCACUUUGAUGACUCCGCAAAAGGAGAACGGAGGGUCUUCUAAAGUUAGUAGUAUGGAGAAAAAGAAUGCUAAGGCUGCUCCAUCUUAUUCUGGCUUGAAAACUGAUGAAAGACCUGAGAGAAGAAAGGAGCUCUCCAAGAAACUGGAAGGAAAAUCCAAUGGAAGGGAAGGCGAAAGGAAAAAUCUCCAGACAAAAUCAAAGGAUAACAGAGAUGCAGAGAUCAAAAAAUUAAGGCAGAGCCUUAAUUUUAAAGCUACACCACUGCCUGGUUUUUAUCAUGGACAGAGAACAUCAAAAAGUCCUCUCGAUAAGAUAGGUUCCAAGAGUGACAUCCAUUGGCAACCUGGCUUCCUCGGGUAAAUGAAUUGGGCUUCAUCUACAACUAGUGGGAGGACAUAUCAAGAAUUUUUAAAAAAUGAAAAACAGUAGGAAAAGACGGAAGCAUAAGAAGUACACCAGCUUUGGAGGCUAACUACAUUGCUGGGCAAAAAGAAAAGGUCUAUCUGAAUUCUGAAGGCAUGUUUUUCAUUGAGGACACAUGCCAUGAUAUUACUGGCUUUAUCAGUUACCCCAUAUAGCAUCUGUCCUUGAUGAGUCACAUGCCGUUUAUCUGAAUACGUCAAUCUUGUCAUCAAGUUGCUACGUUCGUGUAGGAGAUAUAGAACAGUUUGAGGCUUUUCCGGUUUCAGUGAACUGUUACUUCCGUUGUCAUAUAGUAGUAGAAAAGCGAGUUGUAGUAUGUAUAAAUGUGGAUAAAAAGAACACCACGGAAUGCGUGUUUAUGUACCGAAUCCUGCUCGACAAUUGAGUUUGAAUCAAUUUCAAGUUCCCAGCCUUCAAACUGUA